AUGGCUUCCGGCCUCUUGGCGUCGCUGCCUCAGCCCAGGCAGGCGCAGCCCGCUGUCGUGGCUGCCCCGACCUCGUUGGCGGUCGUGGCAGCAUCCAGGGAGCCCCCUCCUUACCUGAGGCGUGGCGGCUUUACUCCCCGGAAGCCAGAGGACUUCGGAGAUGGGGGCGCCUUCCCAGAGGUCCACCUCGCGCAGUACCCGCUCGACAUGGGCCGCGAGGGCGGCGCGCGGGGCGCCAAGACGCUGGCGGUCAGCGUCGGCGCCGACGGGGACGUCAGCUACGAGGCGAUCCUGCGGCAGGGCUCCAACAGGGAUAAGAUCAUCCACUCCGACCACAGGGCCCUCGUGCCCAAGGUGGACCUGCUGGACUCCAAGAACCUGCAGCGCCCUGACGACGAGGAGGUCGAGAAGACCGCCAAGGAGACCGCCGCGGCGCUGCAAAAGGUCGUUGAGGGCAAGCUGUCCGUCGCGCACCCCUCGACGCUCGCGCCGCAGCCGGGGGGCCCGACAUACAUUAAGUACACGCCCAGCCAGCAGGGCGCCGCGUACGCGAGCGGCGCGAAGCAGCGGAUCAUCAAGAUGCAGGAGAUGCCGGUCGACCCGCUCGAGCCGCCGAAAUUCCGCCACUCCAAGGCGCCGCGCGGCACGGGGUCCCCGCCGGUGCCCGUGAUGCACUCGCCGCCGCGGCCGGUGACGGCGACGGACCAGGCCAACUGGAAGAUCCCGCCGUGCGUGUCGAACUGGAAGAACGCGAAGGGGUACACCAUCCCGCUCGACAAGCGGCUGGCGGCGGACGGGCGCGGGCUGCAGGAGACGAGCAUCUCCGACAAGUUUGCGGGCCUGGGGGAGGCGCUGCUGGUGGCAGAGUCCAAGGCACGCGAGGCGGUUGAGAUGCGGGCGCGCGUCCAAAAGGAGCUGGCGCUGCGCCAGAAGGC